AUGGCGACCACCAACCCCACCCAGACCCUCCGUGAAGAAGCUUCUUGUCCCCUCUGCCAGAGCCUCUUCCAGGACCCCGUUUCCAUCCACUGUGGCCACAACUUCUGCCUCAGCUGCAUCUCCAGGCGUUGGGAGGAGGAGACCAAGGAGAACUUCACCUGCCCCAGGUGCCACCAAACGGCCCCCACCAGGAACUUCAGGCCCAACAGGGAGUUGGCCAAGGUCAUCGAGGUGGCCAAGAGGUUGAGCCUGCAGGUGGUGGCUAAAGAAGGGGAGAAGAGGGUCUGUUGGAAGCACCAGGAAGUCCUCAAGCUCUUCUGCCAGGUGGACCAGACCCUGAUCUGCGUGGUCUGUCGUGAGUCUCAGGCUCACAAGGUCCACGGGGUGGUCCCUGUGGAGGAGGCAGUGGAGGAGGAGAAGGAGAAGCUCCAGGCCCACCUGAAGAUCCUGAAGGAGAAGAAGGAAAAGCUCCUGGAGCUGAAAGGGGCUGAGGAGGGAAAAAACCUGGAGCUCCUGGAAAGGGUGGAACUGGAGAGGCAGAAGGUGGUGGGGGAAGCCCAGAAGCUCCACCAGCUCCUGGAGGAGCAGGAAAGUCUCCUCCUGGGUCGUUUGGCCAAGUUGGACCAGGAGAUCCUGAGGAGGAAGGAGAAAAAGGUCCAGGAGCUCCUGGAGGGCAUCUCCUCCCUGGAGCAGCAGAUCCAGGAGCUGGAGGAGAAGUGUCAACAACCAGCCUGGGAACUCCUGCAGGACAGCAGGAACAUCUGGAGAAGGCUGGAGAAAGAUGGUGGCCAGAAGGCAACUGGGGUGGGACAGGAACCCCCGGGGCUUCCUGAGGAGAAGGUGGCCCUGAGGGAGGUGCUGAGGAGACACCGAGUGGACGUGACCCUGGACCCAGACACAGCCCAUCCCCACCUGCUCCUCUCCCAGGAUGGCAAAGGGGUGAGGUGGGACCCCCAGGCCCGACCCCCCAUCCCAGACCACCCCAAACGUUUCGACUCCUCCCGUUGCGUCUUGGGCCUCCAGGCCUUGCUUGGGGGGAGGUGCUACUGGGAGGUGGAGGUGGUUACUGGGACGGCCUGGGCCGUUGGGUUGGCCAAGGAGUCGGUGAAGAGGAAGGGGAAGGUGAAGAUGAACCCCCGGGAGGGGAUCUGGGCCUUGGGGAGGUGUGGGGGGCACUGGCAGGCCUUGACCUGCCCCCCAGUCCCCCUGGUCCUGCCCUGGGGGGACCCCAAGGUGGUGGGGGUGGAGUUGGAUCGCGGGGGAGGCCGCGUGGCCUUCUGGGACGUGGGGAAGAUGGCGGCCAUUUUCAGCUUCCCGCCCGCCGCCUUCGGGGGGGAGGGGCUGCUGCCCCUGCUCUGCCUGGGGAGGGGCUGCGAGGUCACCCUGGCCCCCUGA